AGAUUAUCCUAUUCCAAGAUGGCCGCCGAGCCUAGCUGCAGCUGAGAGGACGAGCGGGUGUACUGGGAAGCAGAGAGCCGGGGAUAACGUGUCAUAAUGGCUUUACCGUGAGGAUCCCGGGGCCGAGAGCCCACCUGACACCAUGUGGAACUGGUAUUCUGGGGACGAGUCCCAGUCGUCAGGCACAUCGCCUGCAAACCAGACCGCUGGCACCAUGUCAGUGGCAGACCUGACGGAGCAGUUGGCACAGACUCAGAAGCUGGUGGCGCAGCUGAAAGAUCUGAUCAGAGAGAAGGACAAUGAACUGCGCAAGAAGGACCAAGAUCUCAAGGAAGAGAAAGAAUCUUCAGAAUCCAAAAUCUCGAAAGCGAAGCUCCAAAACAAGGCCAAGAUUGCAUCAUUAACCUCUCAGCUGGAGGAGCUGAAGAAGCAGCUAGCGUCAUCCGGUGCUCAGGUGAAGAAACCUGAGAGCAAGAAGGGAUCUGGGGAUGUCGACCAAGAGAACGCUUCUGCAAACCGAGGCAAAAUUCUGGUGCUAAGGAAACGAGUGGAAGAAUUGGAGUCACAGCUAGCGCUUAAAAAUAAAGAGCUCAAGAAAAAGGAGGAGGACCUGGAGGCUCAGAGGCUGCGCGGCUCUGAACUGGAUGUCAUGCUUGCAGCAAAAGAGGAGAAAUUGGCUAAAAAAGAGGCUUAUAUUAGAGAUCUGCAAAUGUCUGCUGCAUCAAACGCCCCAGUAGAGACGACAAGUGCUGGACCGGAUGCUAAGAUAACGGCAAAUGAAUCAACCCAGGAGCUUCAGGUUUUAAUCCAGAAUCUGACUAGGAAAGUAGAGCAGAGCGAGGAGAAGUAUAGUCUACUUCAAGAGCAGACAGAAAGCCUGAAAGCCUUUCUGAACAAAGAGAAGAGCGUUUUCCAGGAGAAAGAAGCCAUGUAUAUGGAAAAUAUACGAGUUUAUCAGAAUAUAAUUUUGGAAAAAGACAAGGAAAUGAAACUGCUGUCAGAGAAACAUGACCAGGAGCUUUUUAAGAUUGCAGCCAAAUCCGAUUCCACUGCUGAGCUCCAUCAGCUGCUCAAGGCCCUGAAGCAGAAACUUCACGAGGAUGAAGAGGUCUUAUCAGGAAAGAACCAAGUGAUUGAUGUUUUACAGAAGGAGCUGGAUAAUAAAGAUCUGCAGAUUUCUGAAAUGGCAGAGAAAUGCAGGCUUCUCCAGUCUGAGAAACAGAAUUUGCAUUCUAAGCUGGAUGCGGAGAAGCAUGUAAUGAGAGCACAGCUUAAAGACAUGAUGGAGAAACAUGAGACCGAAAUGCGAUCGCUCUCUCUCCGGCAUAGCGCAGCCAUGCAGGAAACGAAAGAGAAACACAAGGGGGAGAUGCAGGAGAAAUUUCAGACUAUACAACAGCUUCAGAGCCAGCUUCAAGGCCUGGCGAGCCCAGGAGACGUCAGGGACACAUCUGCCACAACUACAGACUCUGCGGUUAUGAAAUUACAAGAUGAAGUGAAGUUGAAAACCGAAGAGGCAAGUAAAUCCGAAGCCAAAUUCCUUAAAAUGAAGGCAUGGUCAAAAUCUAAAAUCAGGCAGCUGGAAGAAGAACUAAAAAUUUCUGAAACAAAGAACCAGGAGCUGUCUGCCUUAACCGUGCGCGUCUAUGCCCUGGAAGAGGAGAAGAAGGCUCUGGAGAUGAAGCUGGAAUCUGUCGCAGAUUUGCAGUCAUUUAAUGAACAACUGCUGACCAAGCUUGUCGUGUAUGAAGAGCAGCAAAGGAUACUGCAGGCGGAUCUGGAACAGGUUGCUAAGAGAGCAGACUCGCAGACCAGUGAGUCCGGAAGCAUGGACGAGCUGCAGAACCCUCUCCUGGAAUGGAAUGAGAUGAGCCAGGAGAUGGACAUGACCCCGGAUCAGGAGAGAGAAGACACAUCGGUUAUGGUCUUGAGGAUGGCGCAAAUAGAAGAGGAGAGAGAAGCCAUGGACUCAGGGCAGGUGGAACUGGAGGAAGAGCUGAGCGCAGCUCGAGGACAGGGGAAACUGAGGACGGCGCGGAGGAAAGGCAGCAGCGGGUCCUCCAAAAUACAGGAUGAAUUCAGCUUUGGAAGCAGGAGCUUUGAAGACCAAAACCUCACUACGGAAAGCGGUGAAAUAGUCGAGGGCGAGAACAUGGGAGGUUGGUGGCCUGAAUACGGUUCUUCAGACUCAGGGUUGGGAUUACGAGCGGUUGUGCAAGAGCUGGAGAUGGAAAGAAAUCAGCUGCAGGAGCAGAUAAUGACCCUCGAAGAGCGAUGUCAGGAGCUGGAAGACCGGUUACAGCUCCAGCUUCGCAUUGAAUCCUUACAGGUAACAUUUGAUGUAGAUGAAGAGACGCCGUCCUUUCCCCAGAGUGACAACGAGCGCUUCCAGACCCAGUUGGCCCAGAUUCGCCAGCAGCAGAGUCAGGAGGCUGAAAAAAACCAUGACCUCGUUUCCACCUUGAAUGAUCAACUAAAAGGCCUGACGAACAGGAACGCAUUUCUUGAAAAUGCUAUUGUGGAAAAGGAGCAAACUAUUGUGGAAGUAACCGGGAAGCUGGAGAAGCUGAACAGAGUCUCCAAAACGCUGCAGGAAAAGGAGGCCCUGGUCAAAGAGCUGCAUGAAAAACUGGAUCAGUAUGAACAUCAGCUCGAAGAAGUCACAAGGAGACAGCAGGCAUCCGAGUCUGAGAACUCGGCCUUAAAAAUGACCAACACUGAGCUCACUGAGAAGGUGUCUGCAUUUAAAGACCGGUUACUGCACUAUCCUUCCCUAUACCACUCUGUGUAUUCCAUCACCUCUAAGGACAAGCAGCCUGUCAUAUAUCAGCAGCAAGAUUCGUUUUUGGAAAAACUCCAAGUUGACUUUGAUCAGACAAAUGACGAACUGGAUCGACUAAACACGAGUCACCUAGAAAAGCAAUCGCAGCUUCUUCAUGACUUGCAGAGAUCUGAGAGGGAGCUGGAUGCUCUUAAGGAACUCUUAGAAGAAAAGGACAAAGAAAUGUCCUCGCUCUCAGCAAGUCUGACAGAAUAUUCUGAGCAAGUUACCAUUCUAAAAGAGACAAUUGACUUUAAAGAGGAGCAGAUGAGUGAAAUGUCUAAUGCACUUAUAAAAAUGGAGAGAGAGCUUCACCAUUUGAAAGAGGCGCAAACCUUGGAUGUCCAGGAAAGUAUCACCAAGAUAUCGUCUCUUUCUGAGCAGCUAAGCGAAAUGGAGUCCGAGCUAAAUAAAGCAAAACAUCUCAAUGAGAGUAAAAUUAAAGAAGCGGAAGAGCUAAUUAGCCAGAUAAAUGAGAAUGACAUAAUAAUCAAAAACCUUCGUUUGGAGAUGCAAGCGCAGGCAGUAACUCACAAUAAUCACCUUACCGAAUGUUCUGCACAGAUUGCGUCGCUGAAAGAACAGAUGAACGCAUCUGUUGCAAAAGUUGAUGAGACGGAAAUGAAGUUAAGAAAGGAAGUUGAGAGCUUAAAAUUACAGACUGAGGCAGAUCACUCCAAAAAGGAGAAGCUUGCUUUAUUGUUGGAAGAAAAGAGCAUCCAGGAACAACAUUUUCAUAACGAGCUGAAGACCGCAAAAGAGCAAUACAACAAAUUAGUUUCUGAGUUGUCAAAAAAAGACGAGGAAAUAAAGGAACUGUCAAAUCAGCUCUCGGAGCACAAAGACCGAUCCAGUACACUGGACAAAGAAUUGAGUGGCAAGCAGGACGAAUUGUCAUCUUUGCAGCAAAAUCUUGCAGCUCUAGCACAGAGUAAGGAGGAACUGGUGAAACAUCUGCAAGAAAAGACAGAAGAAUUUCAGACGCAAAUAGAUGUAAAAACAGAAAUCAUAAAUAAGCUACAUUCAGAAACGGAAGCACUUUCUGUGCAAAUCAAAGACCUGGAAACCUCACUUGCAGAUAAAGAGACUUCUCUGAAGUCUGUGACAAAUUCCGUUGAGGAACUUGAAAGAAAAGUUAACGGCUUGGAGGACCAAUAUCGACACAUUUCCAAUGAAAAGGAGAAUUUACUAACUCAACUUAGCCAAAAGGAAUCAGAAAUACAUACUAUGAGCCAGACCCUGCAAGAGAUCCAGAAAAAGUUCUCAGAGAAAGAACAGGAGCUUUCAGAUCUCCAGGAAGCAAAAUCCAAUCUCUUACGUGAGAAGGAGGACCUUUGUAAGGAAAUUGACUUCAUUUCAGCCCAGAGUGCACAGGAUACCAAUGCUACUACUGCUCGGCUAGAAGAAAAGACUAAGGAGUGUCUGAACCUAGAAAACCUUUUACGCAGAGAGCAAGAAGCCGUUCUUAAUUUGCAGUCUCAGAUUCAGUCUUUAGAGCAGGAUUUGAAGGAGUCCAGGAUGGUUGAGCAACAGAAAGAAGAGGCGCUAAAAGUUAGGACCUCCGACUAUGACGGUACAUGUGAACAGUUAAAACAAAAAGAGGCGAAAAAUAAGGCAUUGCAAAAACAAGUGGAAAAGUUGAGCCAAAUAGUAAAGGGUAAAAAGAAGGUAUUAGAAGAUAAAGAAGCACUCCUUACUACACAGUCCGCUCAGAUUGAGGAGAUGAAAAGGAACUUGGAUAAGCUACAUGGUGAAGAACAAGCACUUACAGAGGUCAACCUAAAAGUCACAGAGAAUUUAGAAAAAUUAAAUUCAGCUCUCAGCAAAUUACAGCAGGAUUAUGACAAUAUUGUUGAGGAAAACACGAAAAUGAGGGAGAAAGUAGAUGUUGGUAGUAAGGAAAUUGAAAGGUUAACCCACGAAAGAGAGUCCUUCGUGUUGUCUAUAUCAAAUUUUGAAACUCGGCGAGAUGCACUCCAGUCACAAGUAAUGCAAAGUCAGUCAGUGGUAGACUCCUUAAAUCAGCAGUUGAACAUGUUAAUGACGGAAAAGGAAAAGCUGAAUUCUGAUAUUGAAUUGCUUAAAACCACCUUGUCCAACAAGUCAGAAGAAGUCGGCCUUCUAAGCUCUCAUUCAUCGCAACAGGGCCAUACUAUCAUGUCUUUGAAGGAUCAGAUUGAUUUACUUCAAGUAGAGAAACGGGAUCUGCUACGUAACGUUGAAGAAAAGGAAGCUCUUCUUCUCCAGAAGGAGGAACUUAUCCAACAAACCGAAAAGAAGUUAGAAGGUGAAGGAUACUAUCUACAGACUAUAUCCACCCUUCAAAAUGAACUGCAAAGUUCAGUUUCAGAUUGUACUCAGCAGCAGCAAAGAAUUGAGGAGCAGGAACAAAAACUGCAGAAGUUGCAUCAACAGGUGCAGCUACUGAACAAUAAAAACGAGGAAGCAGAGUUAUUGAAAACUCAAUUAGCAGAACAUGUAGUGAUCAUUUCUGAUCUCUAUUCCCAGCUCAAAAACCUAAAGGAUAAUGUAGAAGAACUGAAUGGGGCUUUAGCCAAAAAAGACGAAUGUCUGAAAGAGAAGGUUGACUGCUACGCAAAUCUGAAGGCUCAAUUGUCUGAACUUCAAGACUCUUUAGACGAGCAGAGGAGGACCAUCGAGACAUUGCAGCAUGAGAAUGCUCAAUAUAAGACUGCUGUAUCAGAAAAGGAUUUGACCCUUAAAAAUUCUUUAUUGGAAGUUGAGGAAUUAAAAGGAAAAUGUCAAAGUAAGGACGAGCAGUGCAAUGUGUUGAUUAAACAGGUGACCACUUUGGAGGAAACUACUACAAAGCAGCUCUCUGACAUUAACAAACUGACUGCUUCCUUGGAAGACAAGGAAACUUUACAUUGUAGAAAGGAGGAAUCCCUAAAUGUUGAAUUGGAGCAAAAGAGAAAUUUAAAUUCUGAUCUUCAGAAAACUGUGGAUGAGCUUAGUAAUAAAGUUAAAGAUCUUGAGCAAGCUCGCUUUGAAAAAGAAAACACUGUGCAAAAUCUGCAGGAGAAAUAUGCUUCUCUGUAUGAGCAAAAUCAGGAGCUGGCAGAGUCUAACCGUCAUAAGGAAGCCGAGAUUUCUAAACUUCUGACUUCUGCCAGUGAAAAAGAUGCUAAACUUCAGAUGAUGGAAAGCAAUGUUCUAGCUUUUGCCAGUGAGGUUAAUCUACUACGCAAAGAACUAGACAAAGGUAGUUCUAAUGUCAAAAACAUAUCUGAGACAUUGAAGCUAAAAGAUGAUAUCAUAUCUCAGCAUCAGAAAGCAGAAGAAGUUUUAAGGAAUGAUCUGCAAUCCAUAAAGUUAGAGUCCAAGGAGAUUAGUACUCAGCUGCAAGCAUUGACAGGAGAAAGAGAAGAGAAUAGGGCACUCAUUGAAACCCUACAGGAUAGAUGUACUUCGCAAAAUCUAUAUAUUGAAAAUCUGAAGCAAGAUGUGGACAAUUUAAGAUUAUUGCAAGACCAGCAUACUUCUGCACUUGACAAGCAACAGAUAUCCCAACAAUUAGAAUCUGCAGUUCAAGAAAAAUUGCAUCUCGAAAAAAUUGUACAAACAUUGCAGGUAGACCGAGACACCUCCCUGGUCACAUUGCAGAAUGAAUUGAUUCACAGAAACGCAGUUAUAGAAAAUCUUGAGCAUCGAGUACAGGAAGCAAAUUCACGUAUUUCGUUGGACGCAGAAAGCCUGAACGUGUUGAAAGCCGGGAACAUUGAUCUUCAGAAGCAGGUUAGUGCUCAAGCUGAGGAAAAUUAUGCUUUGAAAGUACAUAUAGAAAAUCUAAAGAUCAAUCUUAGUGAACUGCAGCAACAAUCAGAAAAAGAGGUUGCACAUGUAAAUGAGGAAAAUGGGAAGCUUAGAGAGCAGAAUGAAAGUUUAGGCAAUGACGUUAAAGUAAAGCAGGAGGCACUGCAAAGUUUGCUUAAAGAUUUUCAGUUUGUCGAUAACCAGCUAUGUGCUUUGUGUGAUGAAAAUGUCUCAGAAUGUGCUGAAUUUGACCAACAGUAUGGUUACAGAAGCAAGUUAGAGAAGUUAUCUUCAAUGCUAUGUACAGCAAUGGACUACAAGUCAAAAGUAGCAGAGUUAAAGGAAGUUCUUCAGGGAAAAGAGAGAGAAGUUGCGCAGAAGACUCAGUCUGUUUGCUUGUUUGAGAAAGAGAGAGACCUUUUGCUUAACGAGUUGCAGAAGGUUAAAGAACAAAAGCUUGAUAAUGAGUCAUUAAUGGAAGAACUUAAAACCGCUAAAGAUACCUCUUCUCAUGACCAAGGCAUGUUACAAGAAAAAGAAAAUGUUAUUAUAGAGUUGAACUCCCAUAUCUCAGUCUUGCAGGAAGAAAUAAAGUUAUCUAAAGAAGAUCUGCAAAAAACCCAUACGUUGCUGAGUGAAGAAAGAACGAAGAUUAUAGAGCUGAUAGAAGAUGUUAAUAAGAAGGAUUCUCUUGCCCGAGAACUUAAUGUACAGCUGGGUCAGCAGAAAGAGUUAAUAGCUACACUCAGUGGUCAAAUAAAAGAUAAAGAUGCUUCUCUGAUGCAGGUUAUGGACUCUAUGUCAAGCAAAAUGGCGAAAGUUUCUGAUGUAAAAAAUAGCUUAAGUCUGGAACUUAACAGCUUGCAGUCUGAGAAAAGUUCUUGUCAUUUGCAGAUCUCCGAACUAUCUGAAAAACUCGAGGCUUGUGAGAAAAAGUUACAGCUGUCGGAACAGAUACUGGCUGAUAAGGAGAUUUAUCUAAGUAAGUUGACCAGUGAGAAGGAUCUCCAAUCGGAAAAAUUCUGUAAAGAAAGGGAGAACUUAAAGAGGAAACUUCAGGCAGCUUUAGUGAUACGGAAAGAUUUAAUGCAAAAAAUUGAGAAACUUGAACUAAGCAAACAAGAUGAGGUAAGAGAAGAGCAGCUGAAGAACUCAGAACUUGGAAGAACUGUGGAGGAUUUGAAUGGCAAAUUAGAAUCUAUAAGGAUGGAGAACAAAGAUCUGCAGUCAUAUGUGAAGAUCGCUAAGCAAGAAUUACUGGAGAAGGAUACAAAAAUAAGCAAUCUUUGCAGUGCCCUAACCGAAAAGGAACAACACCUAGUACAGCUCCAGGAUAAUAUCGCUGAAUUGCAGCAAAGCUUCUCUGAGAAAGACAACACGUGCCAGGAAUACUUAAGAAUCUUUCAGGAAAAAGAACAAAAUCUGCAGCAAACAAAAAAUGCUCUCAAAGAUAAAUUGAAGGGUCUAGAAGAAGAAAAUAUACACUUGUUGGAAAAUCUUGAAAACCUGAAAAUAUGUCUUGAAAAUAUACAAGGCCAGACAAGCUUUUCUAUGUUACCUCUAGAAUCAUCCAAUGUUGACCUAGAGUCGACUUCUGCCGAAGCUUCAUUUUCACAUGCUGAAAAUACGAUAGUUCAUAAUAAUGUCCAUGCAUCCCUUUUGUGUAGCCAAGGAAGUUCUGGGAGUAAAGAGAAACAUGGUGGGCUUUUACAAAGUCUCAGUAAAAGCAUUAAAGAAUUUGAGCUUCUACAGAAGGCACAUUUAGACUUAAAACAUUCCUAUGACGCUCAAUGCACAGAGUGUGAACAACAUAAAGAUCAAGUGCAUAAACUGCAAGAACAAGUUCAGGCACAACAGGAACUGCUGUUCCAGAAGGAGUCUGAUCUGACUAAUAAAGAGCUGGAAGUAGAAGACCAUAAAAAGCAGAUUGAAGAUAUUUCACACCAGCUACAAGAACUAAAGGAGCAUGAAAAGUUUUCUAAGGAGUUGACCACCAGUAACCAGGAGAAGGACGCAGCAUUGCUGAGAGUAAACUCUGAACACGGGCAGUUGUUGAGCGAAAUAGAGUUACUGAAGGCAGAGACACAAAAAUUGUCCAACGAUAUUCAAAAAUAUCAAGAGCAAAUGCACUCUCUGGAAAGUGUAGUGGCUUCUAAGUCGGUACAGUUAGAACAUUGUGAAAAUGAGAUUACUUUGCUACAGAAAGAAGUAGAGGUAGCUCGAAUGAAGAUUGAAAAUAACCAAGCAACCAUUCAGCAUUUAACCAAUGAAAGGGAUUCAUACUUUGAAACUUGCCAAGUCAGUCAGUCAGAAGUGUCCAAACUGAAGCAUAAUCUUGAGCAAAAAGUUAUUGAAUUAUUAGAAAAAGAAAAAGAGAUAGCUGCAUCUAAAGAUACCCUUCAGUUAAACCUAAAGAGCUAUGAAGAAGACAUGGAAAGGAUGCAAAGCCAAUUGAAACAAUAUGAAAAAGAAUCGGAUAACCUGAAGGAUGAUUAUAAACAGAUUAAAAGAGAGCUUGAAGAAUCAAUGUCUAAACUGGAAAAAGCAGAAACCGAAUUAUCAGAUUUUAGGGCAAAGUUAAGAGACUCGAAAAAAGAUGAAAUAUUGAUGGUACAAUCAAGUACGCAACCUUUGCACAGCCAUGGUCUAAACCAAGAGGUUCCUGAAACAAAACCAGCUUUUGAUAGUCUUCAAGGAGAAAGUUGUGAUCGUCCAUUAACAUGUAAACCUUGCUUUAAGAAACAGACCAUAAUUGAAGAUCUUGAGAAGCAGAUUAUGAGCUCCAACAAGGUAAUUGAGCAGCUUCAUCAGGACCACGAGAAGAAAGUUUCAGAAGAAAGCAGCUCUAAAGAACAACUUCAGAGAAAGCUUCAGGCAGCUUUGGUAUCACGUAAAGAUUUGCUUAAGGAAAACAAAAUGCUUAAACAAAAUAUUGAAUCAUUGACUCUGGAGACAGAAGAGCUAAAACGUUCAGUUACUGAAAUUCGGGAAAAUCAGCUGGCUGAGAUUUCAUUACUCACAGAGAAGAAUAACGAUCUUCUGUCUGAGAAAGAACGCCUUUUACUGGUCAACGAAAAUCUUUCGGCAGCUUGUGAAAGCCUGAAAUCUACAAUGGAAUCUAUUGUUCAAGAAAAAGAAGCAUUUUCUUUCCAGUUGAAUUCUUUGAAGGAUUCUCAGACUGUUGAAUUGACCGGAUGGAAAGCCAAGCAUGGCGAAUUGAAUAAAGAGUAUGAGUCCCUUCUUCAAGCGUAUGAAAACAUUAGUGAUGAAAUUGAUAAGAUGCGACAUGUCAUAGAAAUAACAAAGAAAGAAAAAAACGAUGUCCUAUUAAAACAUUAUGACAUUCAAGCUGAAAAUCAAGACCUGGUAAAACAAAUUGAGCACAGUGUUGCAGAGAUGGACAGGCUUAGAACAACAUUAGAGUCUAAAGAGAUUGAAAUACAAAAAUUUAAAUUAGAAACCGAGAAGCUUAUGGAUACGGUGAAGAAAGAGUCUCUCUCCGAUGAAGUAUCCAAUGAAAACAGGAAACUUAUUGAAGAAAAUAGACAUUUAAGAGAAGUAUGUGAGAACCUGAAGACCACUCUAGAUAGCAAAGAAAAGGAAAAUAAUAGUAUAUCUGUCAUUAAACGGGCACUGGAUAAGUUGCAAAUGGACAUGAGUAUGUAUAGAUCUAACGUGGAAGUUAAAAUAUCCAAUCUAAGUUUGGAAAACGAGACACUCUCUAGAACUGUUACAGAAUUGGAAACAAAGGUUCAAGAGACAGAGCAGAGCUUAGAGAAGAAUGAAAUAGAAAGAUUGAAUAUCCUAGAGAAACUGAACAGCUCUGACCAACAGCUUCAACAGGAAAAGACCAUAGUUUUGAAAUUAGAAGCUGAUGUAAGUAGCAUGGAACUAGACCGGAUGAACUUGAAUGAAAAAGUGAAAAUUUUGGAAGAUGACAAGGCCCUUCUUCUAGAGGAGAUUGAAAAUAUACAGGAGCAAUUUUGUAAAGUGAAAAAUGAGAGGGAACAAUUAGAGACAGAAUUACUUAGAGUUGGAAAAAACAACAGCUUACUCUCCGACAAAUUUAAGUCACUCCAGGCACAGACCCAUAUUCUAAGCCAGCAGGUAGAGUUUCUCAGGGCAGAGAAAAACACUAUUGUCCGUGAAAAGGAAGAACACCAGUUGCAUGUUCUACGGGAUCUAGAAGAAAGGAUUAAAUAUGCUCAAAAUGAUAGCCGAGGAACCAAGACCAAAUCGAAAGAGUUACAAGAACUUCUGAAAGAGAAGCAACAGGAGAUUAAUCAGCUCCAUCGUGAUUCUAUAAGAUUUCAAGAGCUUAUAUUAGAUCUUGACGGUGCUGUGAAGGAAUCAAAUAGCCAGAAUGAAAAUCUUAAAAAAGAACUUGACCAUACAUCUGCUCUGCUAAGCCAAGCAAGAAACGACAUAUUCAUUCUGAAAAAGGAACUUGCAGACCUAAAGUGUAAGAACAGAGUGGAAAAAAAUCACUUGCUGUCCUCCAAUAACCUAGUUAAUGAAGAGUCAAACAGGAAGUUCUCUUCACGUGUAAAUGAAAGAAAUGGUAUUGAAGAAAAUGAACCGAUUUAUCACUCCAAAGAAGUAGCUCUACAGAAUAUGAGUUCCGAAAAGGAGGUCUCUGAACACCCUACAGUUGUUGAAUUCAAGGCACUAAAGGACAUAAUAACAGAAAAUGAGCAGGAGAUCCAACAACUUAAAUUAGAGAGUGAAAAAGUUAGAAUCGAUAUACAGAAACAGGUCACCAUGUCCCAGCAUAUGAAACAAAUCAUCGACAACAAAGAUAAGGAGAUCUCGGUGUUAAUCUCCUCCAAAGAUGGAGAAAUAUCCAGCUACUUAGAACAAAUACAGAGUGAGUAUCGGAAACAAGCAGAAAAUUAUGAGCAUCGUUUGUCCUCUGUUGAAGCUGAAAAGGCGAAAGUGAAUUUGGAAUAUGAAAGGGUAGAAAAAAAGUAUCAGAGUCUUAAAUUGAAGUAUGAAAAAGCAGUAAGUGACAAGGCUUUGAUAUCUGGUGAAAUUGAGGCCUUUAGGAAAUCAAUGUCUUCAUUGCAAACUGAUCGAGAUCAACUUAGUUCAGAAUUACAAACUAUCCAUCAGCGCAAUGAACGGGUCCUAAGUGAAAAAGACAACAUCAUCACCUCUGCUGUCAAUGAAAAUGGUAGCCUCAAAGAAGAACUUAGGAAUGCUCUCAAUAAAAUGGAUGACCUUAAUGCAGAAAAUGCCAUGUUGGGAGCACAACUCAUUCGCUAUAGGGAAGAUCUAAACCAGGUGCUGUCACUAAAAGAUGAACAAUUGAAGGAAUUGCUAAAACAGAAGCUGGAGCUGAUUAAAAACCUCGAGCAACAAAAAUGUGAUCUUGAGAAGCACUGUAGGGAAAUACAAAGCAUCAAUGAGGCCUUACAAAAUUCAGGUAAGGCAGUAGCACUGGAGAAUCAAAAAUUAAUGUCAAAGGUUAAAGAUCAAGAAGAUCUUAUUGCUGCCAUCAAUAAAGAAAAGAUACUUUAUGAAUCCAGGAAGAGAAAGUAUAAGGAUGUUCAGGCGAAAACUGAUGAGGAUCUGAUCAGUUUUGACCAAAAUGAUGGUGAGCUGGGUAGUCAAAAUAAUAGCGCAGAAGAAAGUGCCGAGGAAGCCUAUUGGGGCCUUUUCCUUGAAAAUAAACAGCUUAAAUCUGAAAACGAGUCUUUUGGGAAAGCAAUGGGCGCUCUACAGAAUAACCGAGAUUCCUUGAUCGAUGAUUUCAAAGAGCUGCAAUGGCGGUACGCAUCAGAGCUAAAAGCUGAGAAGAUCAGAGGAGAUGAUCUCGACAGACAAAUAGAUGGCUUUAAAUCCCAGAUUUAUGGUAUCCUCAAACACAAUACCCUCCUUAAUGAACAUCUCACCAUGGAAGACCAGAUUACCGUGGACCAGCUCAUUGCUGCAGUAGACUCUUUGUGCACUUCCUUAACAAACAAAAGUUUGGAGGUCACUGGCCUCUCUUCGGAGUGUGCCGCUUAUGCUCAGCAGAUCGAUGCUUUCUCCAAAGCUAUGGCAAGCUUACAGCAUGAUCGUGAGAGAUUAUUCCAGAUGCUUAAGGAAGGAACCGCAGUAGAAAAGGCUAAAGAAGAAGGUGCUUCUGAUAAAGAGGUCAUCACUGAGCGUGAACCAAGCAUGAAUUUCUCGCAGCCAGACAGAUUAACACAGGUGACAGAACUGAUCAACAGUUCAGCAUCAGAAUCCCUCAAACUAAGGCAAAGGAUUCAGGAGUUGGAGAAGUUAUUGCUUGAAGCAAAAUCUGUGCAGGACAAACUGGAGAAAGAGAUCACUGGCUACCAGUAUGAGCUGUCCGAGCUGAGAUCUGAAAAAAAUGUUCUUGUGGCUGAAUCGCAAGCUCUUCGUCAUCAGUUAAGCAUAAUCAUAACCGAGAAAGAGCGACAGAUUGGAGUACCUGCAGAAAAUCCAGGAAACUGUAAAGCAGAGUGGAGAGAAGGUAAGGGUGUGGAGAGAAUGGCUCUGGUGGGGAGUCCUGUUGCUGCAGAGAAAGGAAAUCUGGCUUUUGAAGAUAAAGAACAGACAAAGCCUGAAAUGCAGAGAUACCUCCAUGAAAUACGACAGAGGGACCUGAUAAUACAACAGUUGAAUACUAAGGCAAUGGAAUCUGCAGAGAUGAAUGCGGUUUUGUCUACUCAGCUCAAGACUGUAUCGCAUGGACUGAAAGAUACUCAGCUCAGAUACACUGAAUUGCAAAAUCAGUAUUACAAGCUCCAGAGAGACCUACAGGUCACCAGCCAGACUGACAUCUUGACUGAGGUUCCCCCCGGAGCUCCCCAGGAGAGAGCAAACGUUCUGGUGGAAAUGGACAAUGCCGAACUGGCUGACCUGAGAAGAAGGCUGGCAGAGGCUGAACUCCGUCACGAUGCUACACAACAAGAACUCUCCGUGGUGUCUGACAGGCUGGCAGAGGAGAAGGCACAGAGGGAGGCUGCGGAGGAGGCACUGCAUCUCACAGAGCAACAGAAUAAGAGGCUCGAAGCAAAGUCCUCUUCCAGAGACUAUGAGUUCUCUCUCCAGAUGGAUUCAGACGACGAACGGGAAGCCUUAAUUAUUGAUCCUACUCAGAAUCUAGCUGUUAGAACAAUCAAGAGCUGUAACGUGGCUGUCCGGAGAUGGCUGCACGGUCGAAGUCUUUACUGCUCGAAGCUGCUGACCUCCAAAUCGAAAUCUCGCUACUUGCUCUUCGCCUACCUGUUAGGACUGCACGUCCUCAUCUUAAUGUGCCUGACCGGGGCGCUAUAGCCGAGGAGAUAUCUCUGAGCAACGUACUUUUCCGUUAACUCUUUCUUUGGAGAGGACAAGUCAGGAGCAUCACCAAGCAGCAGAUAGACGUGAAUAUUCCACCUUGGCUGGAACCAUGGGUGACAUGAAAGUGGUGUGUGGAGGAGCGAGUGAGAGGUGGAAGAUGCUAGAUAUACUGUACAUGGGGUUAUUGUGCAGUAGACAUAACAUGAGGUCCCCAGGGAUCUUGCAAAUCGAACCAGGCCCUAAAAAUCUGAUUAUUUUGUCCAGACCAGUCCAUGCAUAAGACUAUGUACCUCUGAGAAUCCUACUACUGACAGAGCCCCAGAAGUAACCAGGCCGACUGAGACUUGAAAGAUAACUGUGACACUAAAUGCAAAAUAUGGGACUAGUAUAGUCCUGCAUCCAUUAGGAGAUUUGGGGGCAGGUAACAGUCCCCAUGUCAUCUGCAGCUGCUUGCGCUCAUCACUAGGCCAACGUUAAUAUCUGUGGACUCAUAUGUGAAAAUAAGAACCACCUGACACUAACAUGGAUUUGGGCAGAAAUCCAGGAAACCUGAUCAUGGGCUGCAUUAUACAAGCUAAUGGGGCGGUAAGAGGUCUGCUGUUUUUGCUCCUGAAACAGCACCACUGGCUUUGUCUGAUAGUGUAGUCCUAUUCCCGAUCUAUACCUAAUACUGGACUACGUACCAGGAUGGUGCUGCA